UUCGACGUCUUUGGCUCCUUUAAGUUUUACGAUUGUUGGGUGGGUGGGGUUAGAAAACAUCGCUUUUCAUAACCAUAAGAGACACCAAUAUGCAGUGACUUCAAAGUCAAAUAUCCGGGGAAGACCAGCAAGUGGCCCUCCGUUUGUUCUGAGACUGGCUUGAACCGCCGCGUCCUUUUCUUCCUUUUUGAAGACGAAGCUCAAAUCAACUUAAAUCCAUAGCAUCAUCACAAUGAGCCACCUCACACCCAAAAAAGUGAAAGAGCAUCUGGAGAAGCUGGGCUACACCAACAUCCCCAAGAAGGAGCUGCAGGUGUUCACGCGCGACCUGCAGCGGCUGGUCAACUACGAGACCAGCAGCCGCAGCGGCACCGACCGCUCCAGCUUCAGCCGCGGCCGCCGGGGCACCGACUGCCGCCGGCCGCGGCGCUCCGAGCUCGAGUCGAUCCCGGAGGACCGCAGCCAGGCGACGCAGCGCUCGCGCUGUCGCAGCCAGAUGAGCCACGGCUGGGGGCAGUCGGACGAGGGAACACGCGACUUCUUCGAGAAGGUGGGCGCGCGCUGCCGGCCGCCGCGCUCGCGCUCCGUCGACGAUCGCUCCGACAGCUACGACUCGCUGGAGGAGACGAUGCGCGACCUGGUGAACAUCGACGACGGCCAGUCGAGCGCCACCGACACGUCGAUGGGCCUGCCGGCGCCGCAGCCGUCCGCCGCGCGCCAGGACUGGCUGCCGCAGGUGCGCGACGGCGCCGAAGAGCUGCUCAAGGCCGGCUUCAGGGUGCGCUGCGACAUGCUGACCAAGCCGAUCCGCUCCAGUCCGGCCAGCCGGCACCGCUGGUACGAGGAGGUCUGGAAGAAGAACCCCAUUCCGACCGAGGACAGCCACUACAACAUCCGGCAGGCUGUACGGUUCGCGCUGGACACGUACGACUUCAAGCCCCGGCCGCUGCCGAAGACCACCGACAUGUGGCAGGGGCCGCUGCUGCGCACCCAGCCUGACGCCACGUACCGGAUGAACUACGACAAUGCGCUCAACCGAUUCCCGCUUAACGUCCGAGAGAGGAAGUAGUUGGCUGCUUCGCGCAGCUGGCUGCCGUCAUUUUGUUCGUCUGUGAAAAUGUGCUGUGGUGCUGCUGAGCUGAGCACUAGCAAAUGUUGAUGGAAAUUGGUUCGUCUACAUAUAUAGCUUUCGGUGUCA